AUGUUAUCGACGCGAGGCAAGGUUUGCAUUGUGAAUGAGUUGGCCGCCAGCGUUUCCAAUCUUCCCACAGCAGGUUGCCUGUCAGCAAGACUGCGUCAAAAUCCGCUGCGAGCGCUCCGUGAAGCACUGACAGUAGUGAGACACGGACUCAGCUUCCUGUCGAGUCGUGAGGUGCAACAGCCCCAGCUUUGUGAGAAAGUCUCGCCGGAUAGCGAAUGGAUCAAUGGAUUCGGAGACCAAUUUUACAAUUCGGAAAACAUAUUGGAUUUGCAAGAAUCACAAAUAGUUUGGCUUGGCGAUUCGUCAAAACCAGCAGAAAUAACGCUUCCGAAACACUUGCGCGCAGUGGCCGUCGUGGACGCACCGUUUGUGUAUGCAGUCUCAGAAACCGAAAUGGAAAGCUGUGCAGAACUUAGAUCGCUUGUAAUUGAGGACAUUGAUGUGGUAAACUCUGCCCCCUUGGCUAUUCUGAAACUUAAUUAUUAA